GUACGUUAUCUCCAAGAUGCCACAUUUCAUCGUUUUGCAUUGAUGUUAUACAGUAGAUUGAAUCGUAAAUACUCGACAGGAAUCUAAUAAUAAUUAUGAAGACGAAACAUUAUAUAGAUGAUAGGCGAGCCUUUGUGUAAAAGAAUCACUUAUGGAGCAGCAAUUGUUAACUGAGUCAGGGUAACCACCAGAUUAUAAAACUGAAAAUAAUUAACAAUAAAUACAAGGUAUUGACGGCACUGGCAUUGCACAAUGAUGAAUAGUCUUCCUGUUCAAUUAUGAUUAACUCACGGUGGAUUUACACUUGGGUAGUCUAUAUAUGAAGCUUAGAGAGGUGACCUAGUGAUGAUAGCAACGGACUAUUACAACAUUUUCAAAUAAAGAUGCUGCGGUAGAAGUCGAACAUCAACCACAACAUGCCAGUACUUAACUCAAUAGAUUUUCCGUUAGAUUUUCCUUCAGAAGAUGAUGGAAACAGAGAAAAGGGCCAGAAACGUCAGUCCGGUGUCUCCCUUCGUCUUUUUAAAAAGACUAGUGAUUUUAUUAUGAAUGGCGGUCAUCGUAAAGCUCUUGCAACAAAGGUUCAAAUUUGCGUAGUUUUCAUGAAAAUUGGGGAAAUUGACACACUUCGUGAACAAUUCUCAGCCGAUGUCCUAAUAAAGGCAAAAUGGAGGGAGCCAGCACUAGACAAGGGGAAGAUUGAUGAGGCGAACAUUCCAAACCUCGACGAUUAUUGGAAUCCUAAGUUAUUUAUCGAGAAUACACUUGGUGAACCGAGGGAGACUGUGUUCCAUAUGGUAGUGCAUAAUACAAAAGGAGAGGCAAUGGUGCAUGAAAAGAGAAGAGCGAAGGGAUUAUUUAUCGAGAACUUAGAGUUAAAUGACUUUCCAUUUGACGUUCAGGACUUGACCAUAACUGUAGCAUCUGAAAAACCAUUGUCUGAGGUUGAGCUCAUUGAAGACACAGACGACGUCCAUCGGGUCCACAAACAGUCAUUCGCAGAUGAACAGGAAUGGAUGCUUUACAAACACAUCGAAUGUGAAACAAUAGAAAUUGCGCACGAGCACGCUGAUCCCAAUCUACGAAGAUCAGCACUAGCCGUCAAAUGUCGGGCGGCAAGACGAUCUGUUUAUUUCUUAUGGAAUAUAUUCCUUGUUACCUUUCUCAUAUGCUGCCUUUGUUUGGCAACAUUCUCUGUGGAUAGGACGCUGCCACAAAACCGCCUGCAGCUCUCAUUUACGCUGGUGCUCACAAAUAUCGCUUUCAAGUUUGUGGUCAAUCAAUGUUUACCAAAGAUCUCAUAUCUUACAUAUCUGGAUAAAUAUAUCAUAGCGUCUAUGCUUGUUCUAACCACGGUGUGCAUGUGGCACGCUUUUAUAUCAGUCCUCAAAAAUCACCCAUCAGCUGAUCAAAUCGACAUGGUGGCAGUCAUCACAUUUGCUUCUGCCUACUUUAUUUUUACAUUUGCAUAUGGACUCAGACUGUACGUAUAUGCUUGUAAACGUAGACGGGAGAUGACCAUUAAGGAAAAGGCAUACCUAGAGAGGAUGAAUCUGAUUGCAAACAAGCACCGAUUCGUAUUUAAAUCAAGAUCCCGAAAGUACGAGAGUACGCUUGAAAAUGGACGAGACAAUGAGGCCAAACGAGAGGAAAUGAAGAAGGAUCAGCUGAUACAAAGCUGUUCCAUUGAAUCUCCAUUCAGUAACCUAAAGAAAAGAACUAAUGUUCUGAUUGGAGGCAGUGGAUCGUCAGUGCCGAGGCAGGUCCAAGUAUGCGUAGUGUUUAUGAAGAUUGGAGAAAUAGACACGAUAGGGGAGCAAUUCUCCGCAGAUGUACUCAUUAAGGCAAAAUGGAGAGAACCAGACUUUGACUCGGGAAAGACAAAAGUUACGGAAGAUCUUGACUUGACUUCAUAUUGGAAUCCAAAACUUUUCAUAGAAAAUACGUUAACCGAGCCCCGGGAAAGUAUAUUCCACAUGGUUGUGUACAAUGACCGCGGCGAAGCCACCGUGCAUGAAAAGAGAAGAGUGAAAGGGCUUUUCAUAGAGAAUUUGGAGCUAAACGAAUUUCCAUUUGACGUUCAGGAUUUAACUAUAACUGUUGCCUCUGAAAAGUCAUUGACUGAAGUUGAACUAAUUGAAGACCCAUAUGACGCACACAGAGUUUACAAACAGUCUUUCGCUGACGAACAAGAAUGGAUGCUUUACAAACACAUCAUAAGCGAGAACCUAGAGGUUGCGCAUGAGCACUCCGACCCGAAUCUUCGACGAUCGGCUCUUGCUGUGAAAUGUCGAGCAGCCAGAAGAGCCAAGUACUUCAUAUGGAAUAUCUUUCUAGUCACAUUUGUGAUUUGCUGUUUGAGUUUUGCGACGUUUGCAGUGGAUCGUAGGCUACCCCAGAGUCGACUUGAUCUAGGAUUCACACUUGUACUAACGAACAUAGCAUUCAAGUUUGUGGUUACCCAAUGCCUUCCAAAGAUAUCAUAUCUAACAUAUCUGGACAAAUAUAUCAUCGCUUCAAUUCUUGUGUUGGUGACGGUCUGUAUCUGGCAUGCCUUUGUGAUAGUAAUCAAUGACCACCCCUCUGCAGAAUACAUUGACAAGGGCGCUGCAAUAAUCCUAGGGAUAUUCUAUUUUGCAUUUACUUUUACAUAUGGCCUUAAACUGUACUUGUUUGCUUAUCACAGAAAAAGAAAGAUGUUAUCUAAAGAGAUGGCCUAUUUGGAAAAGUUGAAGAGCCUUGGCGUCCAGGAAAACACCAAACUCAAAAGAAAAUCUAGACAAUACGAACUUGGCGAGACGAAUAUAUUCACAAAUGCUUCUAAUAUUUGGAAGAACCAGUUGAGUAGAAAGAAGAAAUGUGAAAUAAAGAAAGAAGAACCUCAAAUUCAGCAGGAUAUAGGAGCGGCAUGCGCAUCAAGGGUUUAAUAGUUGAAGGAAUAUAUUGACAGGAAGAUAAUAUGAACAAAUAUUUGGAUUGUGUCACAAGGCUGUGUUACUACAUUAUAGCACAUACUCCCAGACACAUAUUUUCGGAAUUAUUUGUGUGAAGCAUUAACAUAAUGACCUUAUUGCGAUUUACGUUUUGUCAAACGUAUAUGCAUCCCAUAAAAGUGAACAUCUUUGGGCCAAUGCAACCCAAAGUAGUUUUGAUGGCCUACAUUUACAGAGUCAAUCGACUGCAAUCAAGAAAACGGAUAUGGUGGGUUAGUCGUUACGUUUUUCUAAAAAACAUACAAAUAUCUGGGAAUAAUACAAACACUAGCGUCAUUUUGUUUACAAAAACUAGUGUUUAUUUAGGAGAAUACAUUUGCAUUCAUUACAUUCUACCAAAGAACAGUAAAUACAAUGUGAUUGGUCAAAACCUGAUCACAUAUGUCAUGAAAUAUCUGCCGGUAUUCAAUCGCCAUGCUAAUCAGAUAAGACAGUUGAAUAUCACAUCAUAUUCUACCGUGGUUCUACCAAAGUUAUAUAGUUUGGAAGAUACUUUGGCCCUAGGCCCUCGGCGACUCAUGAUUAGGUGAUCACCUAAGGCCGGUCAAAGUCAAUGUUCAUUGGCCAAAUUCAUCUCAAGGUCAAAUGUGAAUAUCUAGGUAGUUGACCUGUCAAGGCCUUUGGACAAGUUCAUUCCAAUUGAAGAAUAAGUCAAGGUCAAACGAUCAACAUCAUAUUGAUAUUAACUUUUAUAACAAUCUGUCAUGAGCUUGAGGUUUUACUUAUGACCGAUCAUAAGUCCGAAUAAUAUUUGUGUUUCAAAUAUUAAUUGUAU